GUACUUUACACACUGGAUACUGAGGCGUGCACCGUAAGGCAGACAAAACGUUCCGAAUUUUAAAAAAUUAUGGACGACGAGGACGAUCCCGUUGUAGAGGAGAUACCCGUAUUCCUGUCGAAGAACUUGCAGGACAGCUUGUACCUGUUUCAAUAUCCAACGAAAACUGAGCUCCCGAACCACGAUGACUCUGUGAUUGUUAAUUGCUGUGUAAAACCAUUCGCCCAGGAGGUGAAAGUGGAUUUCGGCCUGGACAUUGAGUCCGCGCACUUUGAUCGCUUUAAGGGAGAACAAUUUGCGGUGGCCGCCGAUGGGAAAAACACUUAUGGAGCGACACCAGCAAAGGGUCAGGAGCGACCCACAUAUAAGCGUGGCAUAAUGGACAAACAGGCAUUUACCAGCUCGCGGUCCAUAACCGAUGUGACCAAGUAUAUAGUGGGCAUUUUUACGGAUCGAGAGGUUCAUCUAUCACCACUCACUUCCAUAGUCCAAAUGCGCCCUGCUCUCAGCCAUUUCGAUAAGGAUGACAAGCGCAAGAAAGCGGAACAGAAAGCCCAAACGGAGGAUACCGACGAUGACGAAGUUCUGCAACAGGUGACGGUGAAGUUUGCUCGUGGUAAUGCCAAAAACAGUGGUAAAGAGCAUCGCGCUGGUACCUAUGAUGGCUUCGUCCAACGGAUUGCGGAUGAACCCUGGUGCGAGGCUUACUGGCACUCAAGGGGUACGCCCACCGCGGAACUGGAACGCCAGAAACUCUUUGCCACCAGUCAUCAAGGCAGUCAGUCUUUGGCUCUGGGUGCUGGAGAUUAUUUGCGUAAGCUGUUGCCCUACGAUGAGCAUGUGCAGAGGGUAGCAACCCCAAGCGCUGCCACAGCUGCCACCCAAGUUCUUCCUGUCUACAACAAGGCCAUGCUUAAGAGUAUGCCGCUGCUGGAACAGCUGACAGUGCUUCUUAGGGAUGCCCGAAUGCUUUCUUUUGCCGAUGUGAUUACCAUACUCACGGAACAUGUGGAUACAAAGGUGGCAGCCGAUAAGGUGCUGGCUUUGCUGCCCCAGGUGGGCAUAUUAUUGCACGGCAACUGGGUACCACGAUCAGAGGUGGUCUUUUCCGAGAAGAUGCUCUCCCAUGCCAACGGCGUGUCCGCAGAUCAAAUGAUUCGCGCAAGGGAUUAUAUACUCUUCCGAUUCUCCCGCACGCCCUACCUGUUCCGAGCCCAAGUAAUGGCAGCCACUCAAUUACCACCCGCGGAAACUCUAGACGUUUUGAAGACUGUGGCUAGGGUGAAUACGACAAAACGAUGGGAGCUACUGCUACCGCCGGAUAAGGAGUUUGAACAAAAGUAUCCGGAGUUGGUUAGUUUGCAGGAGUACCAUUGGACUGCAUCCGAGCAACACUAUAACGAAAUGGACUGGGCAAGGGAAACGAAACGUGUACGCAAACGAUCCACGAGGAAGAGCGAAUCCCUGUCGUCAUCCAUGCCGCCUCCUGCAAUGAAUCCUACAUCAAUUGUCUCAAUGGACGCGUAGCAUCGGAUGAUGACCUCCCAUGGGUGGAGGAAAGGGAGCACAAGUCUUAUACAUUUAGGCACUAAUAAAAAGACCAACAAGUUUAUUUUAUUACAAGUAAUGAAUUUGUAAUUAAAUUGGUGAUUUCAUCA